AGCCUCCUGGCGGAUCACGGCCCAUGCGCAGCGCAAAGAGGCUUUUUUAUUCUGUUUGAAUGAGGAAAAACUCGCCUCUGCUUGUCUGAAAGCUGUCACAUGGGUCCACGGAGGAAAACAAUCGCUUCCUGAAAUGAUUCUCGCCUUCUUUGCGCUCUGUUGUUCUUCGCCCUUCCCCGUUUCCACCGUGGUGGCGCAUCGCUUGUAAUUUCCUUUUUUUUUUUUUUUUUUUUUUUUCGCCUCGGAUCUUUUGGUCCACAGCGGGUCGGUGCCGAAGAUGAUCAGCAAAGUGAAAAACGCGAUGUCGAACUUGGUGGGAGGGAUGAUGCCUCAUGGACAUCACCACCACCACAAUCAUCACUCAGGUGGAGGCCAGAACUGCGGACAGGAAGGCUUGCCGCAUCGCUUCCCUUACGGCCGACCGGAUUUCUUGGACCUCACCCCGGAGCUCCUGCAGUACUCCACCGAGCACGCCACACGGCCGGUGGUCACCUUAAAGAGAGGCACCAGGCUUCCCUGGGGAACUGGAUACGCAGAGGCUAUCAACGCGGGGAAGAGCAUGCUGAAUGAGGACCAGGCCUCUUGUGAGAAGCUAUUUGUGAGAAAGCCGAGCGGCAAAAACAGAAACUCCACUGUGGUAGACGACAACGGGGAUAACACAGGGAUCCCUCUUCACUUCUGGGGGGUUUUCGAUGGCCAUGCAGGUUCUGGCGCAGCCAUCAUGGCCUCCAAGCUUCUUCACCGCAUUAUCAGAGACGGACUAGGGGAGAUCUGUCACCUCUUAGAGAAUCCCAACAGUGCCCCUCCUAUCUGCUUGGCCAAGAACGGCAGCCCUUUCCAGGCAGAGGCGAAAAAAGGAGCAACGCAGGAGGCGGGAGAAGACCCCGAUGCUGUAUCUGAUGCCUCGGUGCGCUUUUACAUGGAGAAGGUCGUCAGCCUGGAGAGCUUGGUGAUGGGAGUCAUAGAAACCGCCUUCAAACAGAUGGAUGACCUCAUUGAGAGGGAAAAAACUUCAUAUGCCAUUUCUGGUGGCUGUUGUGCCUUAGCUGUCAUUUAUUUAAUGGGAAAGCUCUAUGUAGCCAAUGCUGGAGACAGCAGGGCCAUAAUUAUACGAAACAAUGAAGUCAUUCCAAUGACGAAUGAAUUCACCCCUGAGUCUGAGAGACAGCGACUACAGUACCUGGGCUUCCUUAGGCCUGCACUUCUGGGUAACGAGUUCACUCACAUUGAGUUCCCUCGGAGGAUCCAGCACAGUGAGCUGGGCAAGAAGAUGCUCUACAGAGACCACACCAUGACUGGCUGGGCCUAUAAGACAAUUGUUGAAGAUGAUCUGAAAUUCCCACUGAUAUAUGGAGAGGGGAAAAAGGCUCGUGUAAUGGCAACAAUCGGGGUGACUCGUGGGCUGGGAGAUCAUGACCUGAAGGUGUACAACUCCAACAUCUACAUCAAGCCCUUCCUGUCAUGUGUCCCUGAGGUGAAGGUUUAUAACCUGGAUGAGAACAAACAUGGACCAGAUGACGUCCUGGUUAUGGGCACAGAUGGACUGUGGGAUGUAACGACAGACAAGGAAGUGGCAGAAGCUGUUUCAACCUACCUGUCACGCUGUGAUCCAUCUGAUCCCAUGAGAUAUACACUGGCAGCACAGGAACUACUGAUGAGGUCCAGAGGUGUGCUAAAAGAGCGCGGCUGGCGGCUACCCAAUGAAAAACUGGGCUCAGGUGAUGACAUCACUGUGUUUGUCAUCCCGCUGGCAGGACACGAGUCAGAGACCUGAUGAGCUUCAUUGCAGUGCAGCCUUCCUAUUAGUCCCUUUUAACUCCAUGAAUAAACCCUGGAACGACGAGGCGGUGGAAGACAAAAAGAUGACUUUCAGUGGAAAGGCUUGGGUCUAAACAGCACCUUCAUUGACUCUAUUACUACGACCCACCUUUCUAUAGUUCAGUUCUAUCUGACUCCUUUGGUUGAUUUUUGAUUAUUCAAAAAGCAUUGAAUUAUUAGAGAAGUACAUUUUUUUUCUCCCAAAUUUGCUGUUUGUGAUAUACACAAAAUCCUUGUAGUAUUUCUUUUUUUGUUUGUUUGUUUAUUUAUGUCUAAAUCCAGGGCUGGAACAAAAUCUUUUAAAGAUCUUUGUUUUAUUGCAAUCCCCAAGAUGCUACUACUUAUAUCUAAAAUAAAAAAGCCUCCUUAUAGUUAUAAAAUGAUUAAAUAAAUGGGUUUGUUACUGAAGUUGUGAGGCAACCAAAGAAAUGCUCCU